AUGGCAAACCCUCCAUUCAACGUCGGAUCCUUGGUCCUAGUGUCUCUCUUACUGCUUGCGUUCCUACCGUCGCCCGUUGCGGCGUUUGGGGCAGGCAAUAUACCCAGCAUAGCUCAGAUUGAAGGGCUCAACUUCAGACAUGGAGCUGACAUCGUUACGGACAUUGAGGAUAUGCUCAAAACCAUCGCUUUCAUCAAGGGCCACAAGUGGACUUCGAUGAUGGUAAAAAGAGUCUAUUUUGGCAACUGGUUGAGAGACUACAGUCAGGCUGUUGAUGUUGGUAGCCUGAAAGGCGUCUCAGCCCCAACCAUUCGCAUUCUGGUCUGGGUGCUAAGCUUCUUGUCUUUUGGUUAUGCGACUGAGGAAUUUGAGGUAACUGACGAACGCCUUGGGGCCUAUAGACCCGAGGAACACAUCGACAACCCAAAGGAUUAUGCAGACAAUAAGGAUGCAAGGCAGUAUGAUCCUCGCCUUCGAGGCCUGAUUCAGCCCAUCGAGCUUGAGAUUGAUCCUCAAACAGGCAUGAAGAAUUACAUUGCUAGAGAAGGCGGCUGGGCUACGAGUGCAGGUUAUGUCAAAUUUAGUUUUACUCGAAGCAUUCAUUUUGGUACAGUCUACACAAAUGGUUCUGGUAGUUCAAGGGGCAAGGAAGUCGAUUUAUGCGAGGCUUUACGUUGCCUUGGCCAAGGCUUGCACACCAUGGAAGAUUUUGGGGCUCAUACAAACUAUUGUGAACUUGCACUUCGUGAGCUUGGAUACCGGGAUGUCUUCCCUCAUUGUGGCGUUGCUACUGAGAUCAAUGUCCGGGGCCGCCACAUCUACCCGCUUGUCACAGGCACAUUUGGCGCUGUCGAUUUCUUGCAUUCGGUUUUGGGAGAGGCUACGGACCACUUCCAACAAUCAGAGGUCGAGGAAAUGGAUAUUGCUCUUAAAAACGCCGAACAGGCUCAAUCCGGCGGUCAACGUGGUCUAUUUGGGGGUGGUCAGGACUUUGUCAACCUCAUUUCCCAAGUGCCUGGAAUGGGGGGCGGGCUGGCAGAUCAAGCUAGAGACCUCCAAAGCCGAUCCGCUGCACAGGAGUAUGAGAAUUCCACAUCACGGGCUAGUGUCAAUACUCAAUUCAUGGGUCCUCCCGGUAGCACUGGUGGUCCCGCUGGCCCUGGAGUUCCAGGUAUGAGUUCUCACUUCGACCCGGUGAAGACUGCUAAGCAGAUCUAUCCAAUCCUGGAGUUUAGAGAUCGCGUUGUUAAAGCGAUCAAUGCAACCAUUGCCAAAAUCCCGGGACUGGAGUCGCUGAUUGAGAAGAUUAGUGAGACGCUCACACUGUUCAUCUUAUCAUUGCUGGCCCCCUUCGUUCGGCCUAUCAUUGAUGCAGUGUCUAAGAGCCUGAAGGAAGGCUCUUCGACCGUCGUGGAAGCUAGUGCCAAACAGCAGUUCGAGCCUUGGGAGGAUCCUCACUGCACCAAUCCAACUCAUUCUAUGCUCUCAAAGGAUCACUUCUCGAACAAGCUGAAUGGGCUUGCUGGAAGGGUUGCAACAACCAUUUUGCAAUAUGCCGCACCGCGUGUCCUCUAUGCAUGGGAACACCCUGGCGUGCCAGUCGACGAGGUCAUGAAUGAUAUUCUUCGCGCCUUCCAUCACCCAGCUUUACGAGAUGAGAGCCUUGAACUCCAUAGGAACAUGUUCAACACAGUCCGGAAAUGGGUUGAGGAGCAACCUGACGCUCACAAUCUGAACAGUAUCCUCAGCUCUUCUUCUGUUCGAGCAGGACACAAUCACAAGACAUCUGGCGAAAGAGAUAUUGGUCACUCUCACGGAGCGCUUGGUGGUCAUGGCAAGACUUCCGGAUCAAUCUGGACCGAGAUUCAAAGCCGUGAUCUCGGAGCACUGGAAGGCACCGAUGGAAAUCCCUCUUCUUCUUACAUGACAUCUUCUCCGCAGCCCGGUUCUCCACAUAAGCCACCGCACUCCCCCAAUUUCGGAUACCAGAAUGUUCCUCAGCGCCCAGGAAGCUCUAAUGACAUGCCUCAUGGUGGAUAUCUGAGUCCCGAACCAGCACACGGCCAGUACCAAAGCGGUCCUCCUCCCUCGGAUUAUCGGCAGGGUUACGGUGGCCCUCAGGGAGGUUACCAGCACGCUCCUUAUCCCGUGGAACAGCCACCCCAUGGUGCGCCACCACCACAACCUCCCUAUGGCCAACCACCGUAUGGACAAGGCUGGUCCCAAGGUCCUCCUCCUGGUGGCUUUCCAGGUGGUCCGCCACCCCCUCAACCGCCUUAUGGUCAGCCACCUUAUGGACCAGGCUAUCAAUACCCGCCUGGGCAGCCUGGAGGAGGGUAUGGUUACUAG